AUGGCUACCACGGUCUGGCCGCCGAUCCCCAAGGACGAGCUCGUCCGUGAAGAGGACGCCGCUGUGGCCCGCGAGCUGGAAUGGCUGCUGUCGUCGCUUCGCACCACUCUCAAGUCUCUCAAGUCCGGUCUCGAGGACUGUGCCGCCCUGCUAGCUCCGACGGAACAUGGAUCCACCUUGGUUGUGUCUACCGUGAGGUCCGAAAGUCUGAAGGGCUUCGUGACGCGUGUAGGUACGCGUAUAGUGAAGGGCGACAUCAAGCUACGCCUCCCUAGUCUGCCUCCUCCGCGCGGUGCGACAAGCUACCCACUUACCAUUUCGCAACAACCACAAGCAUCGACCCUGGUCAUUGAACAGCUGACUGCCGCGCGGACUCACAUAAACUCAUGUCUUGAUGUCGUCGACGUGACUACAUGGGCCGGCGACGCGAGGAACGCGAACUACAUCUCGGGGCAACUCCAGCUGCUGUAUGAUAAUAUCGAGGAUGCACGUCAGGCUUUGAAGGGGAGCCCAGAGGUGCGACCUCAAUGGUGGGAUCGUCCCGUGGAUGAGAAGACAUUCGACCCACCACUGCCGGCCGAAGUCUCGGUUCAUUUAUACCUUCAAGAUGCCGGCAUAAUUCUGGAGAUCCGCACGUUGGAACCAUGGACUGGCGAUGACGGCAGUAUUUUCGGUAUUCGCAAAGCAAUUGCGGGUGCCCUUGGCGUUUCGCAUGCCCCGAUGCAUGACGAAGCAGAGAAGGUGUUCACAUAUCGCGAGCAAGAAGUGAAGGUCAAGGAAAAGGUCAAAGUGGAAACGCAGGAUCCGAAUUUGAUUUCGGCAAUGGCCAAGCUGAACGCUCUAGAGCAUCAUGUUGCUCUUAGCAGGAAAGCUCUAGACAUUGUCAUGGGAAAGAACGACGAUGAUGGGAGGUAG